CACUUAUUUUGGGAUAGAGAGAGUAAAUAAAUCUCCAUCGAUUGUUAGCCUUUCCAUGUAUAUCAAGUGACUGAACCAUAAAAACAAUAUACUUAUCCAACUUGCACCUAAUCUCUUCUACCUUUUUUUUCUCAUUAUUGUCAUUUUAGUUCACCGAGUAAGAUGGCUGUAUCAUCUUUUCCACCUAUGAAUCUUGAACUGCCAUCAAAACCAGUUCAAGAAUUGAUCAAAUCUACUGUCAAAGAAGUCCCAGAAAGAUACAGAGUCCAACUUCCAAACAAUUCAGAUGAUAAUCACUCUGAUAUUGAAUAUAUGGACAGUCCAAUAAUUGAUCUUAGCCUACUCUCAGCUGGAUCAUCAAGCCAACACGAACAAGAACUGCGAAAACUUCGAUCCGUUCUUAAUUCCUGGGGUUGCUUACAGCUUAUUAAUCAUGGGUUAUCGAGUUCGUUACUUGAUCAAAUCCGUGAAGUCGGUAAGGAAUUCUUUGCUCUGCCAUUAGAAGAUAAACAGAAGCAUAGCAGAACAUUGGAUUGGUUUGAAGGUUAUGGAGGUGAUACAGCUUGUGAGGGUCAGAGUUAUAAUUGGAAUGAUAGAUUGCAUCUCAAAGUUUACCCACUUGAACACCGGAAUUUUAAGCUUUGGCCUGAAUAUUUACCAGGUUUCAGGGAAACAUUGGAAGAGUACGCCAUGGAAGUGAGGAGAGUAAUGAAAACCAUUUUAAUAGAGAUUGCAAAAUCACUUGAGUUGGACGAAUACAGCUUUCUGAGAGAGUGUGGAGGAGUGGAAGCUAUAAACAUGUUCACAAGAUUCAACUAUUAUCCGCCAUGUUCAAAACCAGAACAAGUUAUAGGCCUUAAACCACAUUCUGAUGGUACAUCAGUUACCAUUCUUCUGCAAGACAAACAAGUUGAAGGUUUACAGGUUCAAAAAGAUGGCCAAUGGUUUAAAGUUCCGAUUGUUCCGAACGCUCUUUUUAUCAAUAUUGGUGACCAGUUGGAGAUUAUGAGCAAUGGCAUAUUAAAGAGUGCAGUGCACAAGGUAGAGAUAGAUAAGGAGAAAGAAAGGAUUUCUUUGGCUACGGUAUGUUCUCCACCCUUCGACAAAGAAAUAGGACCAUUAAGUGAGCUAGUUGGUGAGGAAAGACCGCAACUAUACAAGAAGAUCAAGAACUAUGUUAGUGUUUUCUUCCAAUAUUAUUCAAGGGGAGAAAGAGCCAUCAAUUCAAUGAAAAUCUGAACUUCUGGCUGUAAUACUUUAAGUUGUAGGUUGUUUUAUAAGGGCAUUUCAGAAAAAAAACCUAUCUAAAAUGAGUUAAAACUAGUGAAUAGAUCACGAUAAGGCUGUGUACAAUCAAAUGUCUAUGGUUGUUCACUUGUUCUUGAUGUACUUUAAUUAGCUUCUGAAGGAACCUUGCUUUCUGUUGUCAUCUUUUGUACAUACUUAUGGGCAGUCUCAUGAAGUCCCUCAGCUUAAUGUAAUGUAAACUUAUAGUAAGAAGAGUGACAAAAGUUGAUGAUUAUCA